UAGAUGUCGCUGUGACACCAAAAAGGCCGUGAGCAAGCUGUCCCUCCUUUCGGCUUUUGUCUGCAAUCUGCAGAGGGCGCAUUCAUUUGUUCCGGCAUUCUAAGCAGCGCGGUGUGAUUUCUCAUCGCAUGACGCGGCGGUGGCGUUCGACAGACUCAUUCGGGUUUCUACUUUUUGUUUUUUUUUAAAGCUGUCGUCUUUUUUUUGUAUUUUUAAACAACAAUGGAAGAAAAACGAGGACGUAAGACGAGGAGCUUUGUGCGCUUUCUUCUGCGUUGGUCUCUGUUGUUGUUUUUCGGGGAGCGGGCUCGGGCCGAGCUCCGCUACUCUAUUCCCGAGGAGAUGGCGACUGGAAGUGUUGUGGGCAACGUGGCGAAAGAUCUCGGCCUGGACGGAAGCUCGCCGAGCGGCAGGCGUUUCAGGGUGGUGUCCGGAUCCGCGGACGCGUAUUUCCAGGUGAACGCGGACGAUGGCGCCUUGCAGGUCCGACGCAAAAUUGACCGAGAGGAGCUUUGUCACGGGAGCGGCGCCUGCUUAAUGGAGCUGAAGAUCCUGGUUGAGAAUCCUCUCGAGGUGCAUUAUGUGGUGGUGGAAAUCACCGAUGUCAACGACCACCGUCCCAUAUUUUCGGAAAAGAAGCAGAUUUUUGAAAUUGCUGAACAUUCGUCUCCAGGAACACGAUUCGAAUUGCACGCAGCCGGUGAUCCAGAUGCUGGAAGUAACGCCGUGCGCGCGUACACACUAACGCCGAAUGAACAUUUUGAAUUAGAUAUUGUUCAAAGUGACGACGAUAAAAUACCGUUUUUGGUCCUGAAAAGGUCGUUAGAUAGAGAGCAGAAGAGCAAGCAUCUGCUAUAUGUGACAGCAGUUGACGGGGGGAAACCUCGAAGAUCAGACACACUUAAUGUUUCUAUUAUUGUGCUUGACAAUAAUGAUAACCGUCCCAUGUUUAGGCAGGAUACUUACAACGUUGAAAUAUAUGAAAAUGUGCCAACUGGUGCACUUGUAGCAACAGUGAAUGCAACAGAUCCGGACGAAGGCAAUAAUGGCGAAAUUGAAUUUAGCUUCAGCAAAACACUAACACCAAGGCUUUACGAAAUAUUUGAACUCGAUACAAAAAGCGGCGUAAUUAAAUUGAAGCGUCCUGUCGAUUUUGAGGAAACGCAAAUCUAUAAACUGUUAGUGGAGGCCUCUGACAAAGGAAUACCACCACUGACAAGCAGGUGCAGAGUGGUUGUAAAUAUAAAAGAUGUCAAUGAUAAUCCCCCAGUCAUAGAGGUGACAUCACUGACGAAUCAAGUGCCAGAGGAUUCCAAGCCUGGAACAGUUAUCGCUCUCGUUAGCGUAGUGGAUAAGGACUCCGGAAUGAAUGCAAAGAUUGUUUCAAAGAUCACCGACGAUGUUCCUUUUGAAUUGAAACCUUCCUACAAGGAGAACACUUAUUCAGUUGUCACGAAAGGUUUUUUGGACCGCGAGGAACUUGCUCAUUAUGAAAUAGCAAUUAAAGCUACAGAUUGUGGAGAUCCUCCUUUAUCUGCUUUUAGGACAUUCGACAUCGAGUUAUCCGAUGUGAACGACAACAGUCCACACUUUGAGCAAAGUCCAUUACAUUUUUACCUGUUCGAAAACAACAUCGCCGGAGCUUCAGUGUUCUCCUUGAGGGCAACCGAUAACGAUGUGAAUGAAAAUGCAGUUAUUCAAUACAAAAUAGUUCGAGCCGACAAGGACGGCGCAGUAACGUCGUUCCUCAACAUUCAUCCGGAGACCGGAGAAGUGACGGCGCUGAAGAGUUUUGACUUUGAGGCGCUGAAAAGCUUCCGGUUCCAGGUGUCGGCCACCGACGGCGGAAGUCCUCCGCUGAGCGGCAACGUGACGGUCAAGGUGUUCAUUCUGGAUCGGAACGACAACGCUCCGGUCAUCCUGUAUCCGCUCAGCUCCAACGGUUCCGCCCGAGGCGCCGAGGAGAUUCCCCGCAAUGCCAAAGCGGGAGACUCGGUGACUAAAGUCCGAGCCUACGACGCCGAUACGGGAUAUAACGGCUGGUUGCUGUUUUCGCUGCGGCCGCUCGGCGAGCGCGCUCUCUUUUCUCUGGACCGCUAUACGGGCCAGAUCAGAACACUUCGCCCGUUCACCGAGACGGACGAGGCCGAGCAUCGACUGCUCGUGCUGGUCAAAGACAACGGCGACGUUUCGCUCUCGGCGACGGCUACCGUGACCGUCAAACUGGCGGAGCCCAAAGAGGCUUUGGCGGCUUCCGACCACGCGGGAAGCGCGGCCGAAGAGGAUGGGCGCGAGGACCGGGUGACUUUUUAUCUGGCGCUGACUUUGGGCUCGGUCUCGCUCCUUUUGGUCAUCAGCGUGGUGGUGCUGAUCGCCAUGCGCUGCUCCAAAUCCGCAGAGUACACGUCCAAAUAUCUCCAAGACGCUCAUUACGACGGCACGCUGUGUCACAGCAUCCAGUACAGAUCGGGAGACAAACGCUACAUGUUAGUCGGACCCAGGAUGAGUGUUGCUUCCGCCGGCGCCCCGGGCAGCCACGCCGGCACGCUGGUGCUGCCCGACGCCAGACGUGCGGCCGCAGGGGAGGUAAGACAGACCUUUUCCAAUUGUAGUAUUUUUAAUGGCUGUGUUUCAUUGCAUCGUGGAUUUUUAUGA